UUCGAUUCUUCUUCUUCUUCUUCAGCUUCCCACACUCCACCGUCUCCUUCUCCGGCCCCAACCCCUUCCCAUCAAUGCGGAGCCGGAGCCCCUUCUCCUCCUCGUCCCCCACCUCCGCCGCCGCCGACGAGAGCCACCACCCCCACCACCCCGCGCCGCCGCCGCCGCCGCCGUGCACCCGCCUCCACCAGAUCGGCGCCGUCGCCCUCGUCGUCGCCACCUUCCUCCUCACCCGCUCCCUCGAUCGCCUCUCCUCCUCCCCCCUCCUCCCCGCGCCACAAACCACCGCCACCGCCUCCUCCUCCUCCUCCGACGCGCUCUUCGACGGCGCCGGCGCCCUCGCGUGGCCCCAGCGCGGCUACGGGCCCCGCCUCGACCUCCGGAUCUACGUCUACGACGAGGCCGAGAUCGACGGCCUCCGCGAGCUCAUGCGCGGCAGGGACGGCCGGAUCUCGCCCGAUUCCUGCGUCAAGGGCCAGUGGGGCACGCAGGUCAAAAUUCAUCAGCUAUUUCUCAAAUCAAGGUUUCGGACGUUAAGUAAGGAUGAGGCAGAUUUCUUCUUUGUUCCAGCUUAUGUUAAAUGUGUUCGGAUGAUGGGUGGAUUAAAUGAUAAAGAGAUCAAUCAGACGUAUGUGAAGGUUCUAAGUCAGAUGCCAUAUUUCCGUUAUUCAGGAGGACGUGACCACAUUUUUGUCUUCCCUAGUGGUGCUGGCGCUACGUUAUUUCGGUCCUGGGCAACAUUUUUAAAUCGUUCUAUCAUUCUUACUCCGGAGGGUGACCGGACAGAUAAAAGAGAUAUGAGUGCUUUUAACACAUGGAAGGAUAUUAUUAUCCCAGGUAAUGUUGAUGAUGGGAUGACAAAGUUUAAUGGGCCGUGCUUGGUCGAACCAAUCCCUUUAUCAGAAAGAAAGCACUUGGCAAACUUUCUUGGACGUGCACAGGGUAAGGCUGGUCGUCUCCAGUUGGUGGAGCUUGCCAAGCAGUAUCCUGACAAGUUGGAAUCUCCAGAAUUGAAGUUUAGUGGCCCUGACAAAUUGGGGAGGAUUGACUACUUCAAUCACUUGAGGAAUGCAAAGUUUUGCCUAGCUCCACGUGGCGAGUCAUCGUGGACUCUUCGCUUUUAUGAAGCUUAUUUUGUGGAAUGCGUGCCGGUCAUUCUGUCGGAUCAAGUUGAACUACCUUUCCAGAAUGUGAUCGACUACAGCCGAAUGACAAUUAAGUGGCCAUCAACUCGAAUAGGCCCCCAACUUCUCGAAUACCUCGAGUCAAUACCUGAUGAAGAAAUAGAGAAGAUGAUAGCUCGGGGCAGAGAGGUGAGAUGCUUAUGGGUUUACGCCCCAGAAACUGAGCCGUGCUCGGCUAUGGUAGGAAUACUGUGGGAACUGCAGAGAAAAGUCAGGAGAUUCCAUCAAUCCUCUGAAACAUUCUGGCUUCACAAUGGAUCGAUUAUCAACAGAGAUUUGGUCGAGUUUCACAAUUGGAGAACACCUGUGCCUUUGCCCUGAUAAAUUUUUUUACAGAGCUGUAGAUUCUCUUGGAUUAGAUAGAUUUCUCUUUGUUACCCUUUUUUGAAUGAUAUUUUUGUGCUUAAAAAGCUGUAUCUGUCCACAGCCUUCUUCUUUUUCAAAGCCCUGGCAUUUCUUUCUGAGGAUUUGGUUUAAUUAGCCUGCUGAGUUCAGAAUCUCCUUCUUGAAACAUGUUUCAAUCAGAGAAAAGAUAGAGCGCUUGGUGAUAGUUGUCGUGCUAGUACUGUAAUUUCUUCUUUUUUAAAAAAAUUUGAAAGAUUAUUAUAAAAUCUUAGCAAGUUUUGCCUCCUCUAGCUUAAGGUGAUGAAAUCGCUGAUGGAGCUACUCCGGAAAGAGUGCUUUCGUAUAUGAGUACUGUAACUUGUUUCCAUUUUUUUCAUCAGCCCAUGUCUCGCCGGCACUGUGCUUCUGGUUUUGUUUUUUUCAAUGCUUCAAUGUGUGUGUCUGUUUUCAUGUGGGCUCA